GGACGAUAAAGCAGCAGAACAGAAACCUCACUCACUACCAGAAGGAGAGAGAGAGAGAGAGAGAGCACUCGCUCGCUCCGCAACUUUUUAUCUGUCGCCUGUAUGAGAGGAGAAUGUGAGCGUACUCCAUGGUUAGAGGCAAAGUAAAGUAGAAGGGAGAGAAGAAAGCGAAAUAAAGGAAGAAAGAGAAGCCGCAUCGCGAGAAAAGUAAGCAAGGGAGAGACGAAACAGUCGCCGGCGAGGGAGGAAGAAAUGGCCGGUGAGGGCGGGGCAUUGUCGUUCUCGGCGGCUUCGGUGGUGGAGGAUGUACUUCAACAGCACGGGACUAGGUUGGGAGUCGUUGAUUUGGACUCCAGACGAGCUGAGGAAGCCGCCUCAAGAAGGUAUGAAGCGGCCGGGUGGUUGAGGAAAACGAUCGGAGUACUGGCGGCCAAGGAUUUACCAGCUGAGCCAUCGGAAGAAGAGUUCAGACUUGGGCUCAGGAGCGGAAUCAUCCUCUGCAAUGCCCUCAAUAAGGUUCAAACUGGAGCUGUCCCCAAGGUGGUUGAGAGCCCGUGUGAUGCCGCUCUUAUACCAGAAGGAGCAGCGUUGUCAGCAUUUCAGUAUUUUGAGAAUGUCAGGAAUUUCCUUGUGGGUGUGCAGGAAAUGGGAAUUCCAACUUUUGAAGCCUCUGAUCUUGAGCAAGGAGGUAAAUCUGCAAGGGUGGUCAAUAGUGUUUUGGCACUUAAGUCUUACAGUGAAUGGAAACAAGCAGGAGGAAAUGGAGUUUGGAAGUUCGGUGGGAAUGUAAAACCUACUGCCCCCGCAAAAUCUUUUGUGAGGAAGAAUUCGGAGCCCUUCACCAAUUCUUUGUCUAGGAAUAUGUCAGCAUAUGAGAAGCACUUGAACACUCUCUCUGCUGAUGUUGAUCCUAGUAAAAUGGUUACUGGAUCCUUGAGUAUGCUUGUUCGUGCAGUUCUGUCAGAUAAGAAACCAGAAGAAGUUCCCGGGUUGGUUGAAUCAGUGCUCUCAAAGGUGGUUGAUGCGUUUGAGAAUCGUAUUUCAGGCCACUAUGAUAUGACCAACAAGUUCUCCACCCACUCUGCACCCCUUGAUAAAAAGGCUGAAGCCAAAAGCACCAGAGUCUAUAAGAAAGAAGAAAGCUAUGAGAAAUGUCACGUGCCUACUGAGGAAAUGAGAAGUAAAAUCCUGAAGCAGCAGGCACUGUUUGAUCAACAGCAACACGACAUUCAGGAUUUGAAGCAAACUCUCCACAUUGCAAAAGCUGGUAUGCACUCCAUGCAGAGAGAGUUUCAUGAGGAGUUUAACACUCUAGGUGUGCAUAUUCAUGGCCUAGCUCAUGCUGCAUCCGGUUACCACAAGGUUCUUCAAGAGAACCGUAAGCUGUACAAUCAGGUCCAAGACCUUAAGGUUCAUUUUGGUUGAGCAGGAAGUAUCCGGGUUUACUGCCGAGUGAGGCCAUUUCUUUCUGGACAAUCAAACUUCUUGAGCAGUGUGGAUUCUUUGGAAGAAGGAACCAUUUCUAUUAAUACAUCAUCGAAACAUGGGAAUAGCAGGAAAUCCUUCAGCUUCAAUAAAGUCUAUGGACCAUCUGCAACCCAAGCUGAAGUCUUCUCUGAUAUGCAACCAUUAAUUCGCUCUGUUCUCGAUGGAUACAAUGUCUGCAUAUUUGCAUAUGGUCAAACAGGAUCAGGAAAGACUUACACCAUGACAGGACCCAGAGAUCUUACAGAGCAAAGCAAAGGUGUAAACUAUAGAGCAUUGAGCGAUUUGUUUCUUCUAGCGGAACAAAGAAAAGACACCUUCUGUUACAAUGUGGCAGUUCAGAUGAUUGAGAUUUACAAUGAACAAGUUCGAGAUCUUCUUGUUAGUGAUGGAAGCAACAAGAGAUAUCCUUCUGCAUCUCCCUCCCCUGCACAAAUUCGCAACAGUUCACAGACGGGUCUAAAUGUACCGGACGCAAACCUAGUUCCAGUAGCAUCAACAUCUGAUGUCAUCUACUUGAUGAACUUGGGACAUCGAAACCGUGCAGUGGGUGCCACAGCCCUCAAUGACCGCAGCAGCCGUUCUCAUAGUUGCUUGACUGUUCACGUCCAAGGAAAAGACUUGACCUCUGGAAAAGUUCUGCGUGGGUGUAUGCACUUGGUUGAUCUGGCAGGGAGUGAGAGGGUAGAUAAAUCUGAGGUUAGAGGUGAUAGACUGAAAGAGGCGCAGCAUAUCAAUAGAUCGCUUUCAGCUCUAGGAGACGUGAUUGCUUCCCUCGCUCAAAAGAAUCCCCAUGUCCCUUACCGGAACAGCAAACUUACUCAACUGCUUCAAGAUUCACUUGGAGGCCAAGCCAAGACGCUAAUGUUUGUUCACAUCAGUCCUGAACCUGAUGCUGUUGGAGAAACCAUAAGCACGCUUAAAUUUGCAGAACGAGUUGCAACCGUAGAACUCGGUGCUGCUCGAGUGAACAAAGAUAGUUCAGACGUAAAAGAGCUUAAAGAACAGGUUGCCUCCCUUAAGGCAGCAUUAUUGAAGAAAGAAGCCAGAGAGCAAACCGCAUAUGGGAGCAACGACAGACACAAAAGAGUAAAGGAAUCUGAGUACUCACCAUUUAAUUCUAACCAGCGUCUUGGAAAUGUUGACCGUGAAAGCAGUAACCUCAGACAACCAAUGGGCGAUGUAGGCAACAUAGAGGUCCGAACAAAUACUUUGUCGAGGCAAACGACACAAAGCUUUGAUCAGGACGAACUAUUGACGAAUUCACCGCCAUGGCCACCCAUCAUUAGUCACAGCCAAAAUUGUGGAGAGCAGGAGAGAGAAAUAGGGUCUGGUGAGUGGGUGGACAAGGUGAUGGUGAACAAGCAGGAUGCUGCAAACAGACUUGACAGCUCUUUAGGUUGCUGGGAAGCAGAGAAUGGGCAUUUCCCUGAAGCAAUGUACCAGAAGUAUCUCUCGGAUCCUAGUAAAGCUUAUUCGCAGCAGUCAUACAACGUGUUCACAGGCAACAGCGGGUUCACCACGUACAAUGCUUCCAGCACAGACGAGAUGGAUGAUCUAGAUGCUGACACCUGUGACUCGUCAGAACCUGAUCUGCUAUGGCAGUUCAAUCAGUGCAAACUCGGCAACAUGGGGAGUGGGAUGGAGCGGAAGAACAAGAAAACAACUUCAUCAACUGCAUCAAGAACUCCAGACUUGAGGCAGCAUAACUCAUCCCCUAUGCUCGGCCCUUCUCCAUCACGGAAAUUGCCAUCCGGCAAUGGAGUUCCAGUGCACCGGAAGGGAAGGCAAACGAUGACUGCCACUGAUGGGAAACGCAAGCCCGGGAACAGAAAAUAGAGGUUCAUCUAGCAGCCAGCCACAACCACGUUCAGAGAGGAUUCCUACCCGAAUAGCACCAAAAAUGAUGUUGAAUAGUGUAUUAAAGUCCACGUACAAGAUCCAGAAAAAAAGGGAAGAAUGAAGAUACCCAGGAAUGGAGGGCAAACUUAAAGAAGGGAGACGCCGGCCACGUGAAGAUGUUGCAGUCGUAGUUGCAGUUUUAUUAUUGAUUCGCCGGUACGAUACAGUUUCACAAUCACGCUGCACAACACAAACAAAUGAGGAGGAGCGCCUAUUCGUACGUGGAAGAAGAAGCGGGAGGUCUUUCUUUCGGAGCCAGGAUGAAAAGACGGCUCAGGAAUUUGUGCCAGGGGGAUGCCUCUACCUCUACACCUCGAAACGACCAAGUCUUCCUCUUCAACAACAGGAGCUCCUGCACCAUCAACCACCGCCGCUGCCGCAGCCGCCUUCACGACGGCGACGACGAGGAGGAGGAUGAGGCCGAGAUUCCGUGUGUCGACAAUAUGAUUAACGGAUUAGCGGUUCCGGCUUGGCAGCAGCGCCCGCCAUCGUCGCCAGCGGCGGGCCGAGCCUCAACAAACCGGACACUGGAGGAGAUGAUUAUGCAGCUGGAACUGGAGGAGGCGGCAGCGGCGGCCAGGAAAGCGGCGGUGACUAGAAGGAUGUCGUGCGUCAACACGAGUUCGGAUCGGGUGCUGAGAUCCGCCCGAAACGCACUGAACCAGUACCCGCCCCGCUUCUCCCUCGACGGCAAGGACGCCAUGUACCGCUCCUCUUUCCUCAACGACGACGAGCCACUCCGCCGCCGCCGCCCCGACCCCAAAAGGCUCGCGAAUUUCGUCGAUCGAAAUCGGGACUGCCACCGUGAUCAGCCGCCUAGGAGAAGUGGAUGCAACGGCGGUGGUGGGAAUGUGGUGUGGUGCAAACCGGGAGUUGUACCGAAGCUUAUGGGUCUUGACGCGAUUCCGGUGCCGGUUAAUUAUUUUCCCGGUCAUAGAGGGCCCUUGUUCUUUUGACGGUGUUUUGGUGAUGUUUACUCUUUGGUUACAGGGAAUUUAGUUGUUAUUAUGCAAUCUAAUUAUGAUUGAAAAUACUUUAGGCUUAUAUUGUGCUAAGAAUGAAUGAAUGAUAAUAGUCAUAUAUUCUAA